AUGUUCCCCUUACGCAAACGUCUCGAGGAUGAAUUGGGCCAACAAUUGCGUGAUUACCGGCAUUUUAUCGAAGAAGAGGUGCUCACAAUCUACGGUCGUAUGGACGAAGCGAGUGAGAUUUUCGAUCAUCUGUUGCUUGGCACUACGUUCAAUGCAUCCAAUCGCGAUGAGUUAGAACGGCGUUCUGUCACGCACAUUCUCAAUGUGACUCGCGAGGGGGACAAUUUUUUCCCGGGGGAUAAGUUUGAGUAUAAGAAUAUUCGGGUUUUUGACGAUGAACAGUCCUCUCUACUACCCUACUUUGAAGACAUUCACCGGUUUAUCAAUGAGGCCAACACAGUAUUCCGUUGGUCUUCCUGGCUAGCCAAAGGCUUAGAACGUGACGCUCCGAGGCGUUCCUUCGUUUUACACAAUGCGGAUCCGGAAAAGUGUGAAAUACUUUUUUCAGAUCAAGAGGAGCGUAUCAUUGCUCUGCUGGGAAAAGUUAUUGCUUACGCCAUGAAGGAGCAAAAUUGGAACUUGGAUACGGCUUUGGCCUAUGUGAAAUGUCGUCGACCUUGUGUGCAACCGAAUUCCGGGUUCAUGCGUGAACUGCGUACUUACCAAGGCAUCUUGGAGGCAAGCUGUCUAAACAAUCAGCUGCCUUCACGAGAUUCCGAAUCGGCAGCUCUGAACUGUGAGCUCGGUAAAACUGUCGCAUCGGUUUCCAACCAGUAUGUGUUCGGCAUACUUUGA